UUCCUUUCUGCUAUUCCCCGUUCGAGAUGGCUCCUACCAAGAAGGGUGAGAAGAAGAAGGGACGUUCAGCCAUCAAUGAGGUGGUGACCCGGGAAUACACCAUCAACGUCCACAAGCGCAUCCAUGGAAUCUCAUUCAAGAGGAGGGCUCCUCGUGCCAUCAAAGAGAUCCGCAAGUUUGCUAUGAAGGAGAUGGGAACGCCUGACGUCCGCAUUGACACCCGUCUCAACAAGGCUGUCUGGGCCAAAGGUGUGAGGAACGUCCCCUACCGCAUGCGCGUUCGCCUGUCUAGGAAGCGCAAUGAGGACGAAGACUCUCCCAACAAACUGUACACAUUGGUUACGUACGUUCCUGUUACCACGUACAAAGGUCUGCAGACAGUCAAUGUCGACGAGAACUAAAUGUUGUCGUUAAAUAAAUUUAUAAAAAUUA